CUAGUCUACUCGCCACAGGGCCGAACAGCGCUCUACAUAAUCAAAGGCUUUCCACCUAGCCAGUGGGACUACGAGGGUACGGACGAGUGGUGCAGGGCCCGGCUUAUAGGCUCUGAGCCGGGCCUAGAAGUCUGGUCAAUCUAUAACCAUACAGAUUCAAAGGACGUCCCAAAGGCCCUCCUUGGAAGGCCUAAACCGAGCCUACCUACUGUUCUUGCGGGAAAUUUCAACCUGCACCACCCGCUAUGGACUACUAUAGCUAGGAGAAACAAUAAGCUGAGGACCUGCUACAAGCUAGCCCUACAGUAG